AUGGGGGAGGCCCGCAAACUGUUUGAUGAAAUUGUAGGAAGGAGAGACUUAAUAUCGUGGAACAUUUUGAUGGGAGGAUAUCUUUGUGCAUCUCAGAAUUAUUUGGUUGUAGACUUGUUUAGGCAGUUAUGUACCAGUGGUCAAAUUGUUGGCAAGACCACAAUCUUGAGUGUUAUCUUGGUUGCUGGGGAACUGAAUUGCGUUAUGACAGGAGAUGUUGUCUUGCGGAAUUGUCUCACAGAUGGAUAUGCUAAAGGUGGCCUGCUAGAUGAAGCAUUAGAUUUACUGGGUUUGAUGAAGCUGGAAGAAGUAAAACCCAAUGCAUCAACUCUAGCAGGGUUGCUCUCAGCUUGUGCUUCAUCCGGGGCUCUGGCAUUGCACCUAGGUUCAAAUGGUUCAUUAUAUGGAUACAUCAUGAGGGUAGAAUUAGUUGGGGACAGUAAGUUAGCUAUGUUGAUAGGGAAACAGAUUGUGGAUAUAUGCAAUGUUGAGAGAAGGUCUAUUCGUGAAUUGAACAAAAUGGUUGAGGAGCUAGGUCAUGCUGAUGCAACAUUGAUAUACUAUUAA